CAUCGAGAACCCUUCGUCAAGAUGUGGUCACUCAUCGCCACAGCACCGUAUGCGAUUGGGCUCGUUUUAUUUGCCUUCACUUACUUUGUCGCUAUUCCUUACGUCGAGUAUCUCCGUGAUCCGAAAGGCCUACGAAAAUAUCCAAACCUCUCACCGUUCUCAGGAUUCUCAGCGAUUCCUUUCAUGAUCAUGGCCUCGCGAGGCUUCCGAUCCAUGGAAUUGUCGGAACUGCACAAGAAGCACCCGGUAAUUCGAACGGGACCCAACAUGCUUUCCUACGGCGAUAUGAGAGCCAUCAAAGAUAUUUAUGGUCACAACACCAAAUGUACCAAGGAUACUUCCUACAUCGUUACUUCUGGAUCUCAUUUCAACUUGGCGGAUGUUGUUGACAAGCCGGAUCAUGCUCGCAAGCGCAAGGUUUUGUCCUCCGCAUAUGCACUCAAGAACCUGGAAAGCUGGGAGUUCAAAGUCACCGACAAAGUCCAGAGAAUGUUUGCACACUUUGAUCAGGUCUGCACACUUGCUCCUAAAGAGGAUGUUGCAUCUGGCAAAGUAGCUCCAGAUACCAAGGACCUUACUCUUGACUUGCGUGCCUGGAACAACUUCUUCACCCUUGACGCCAUCGCCGACAUUGGUCUCUCCGAAAAGCUGGGCUUCUUGGACUCUGGUACCGAUAUGUGCAUCGCGGAGAGAAGAGAUGGAACUACCUACGAGGUCAACCUGCGCGAAGCUCUCUACCCGACCGCCCGCAAGCAAUCUCUCAUUCUAUGGGACUACGGGUGGUAUCCCAUAUUGAACAAGCUCGUCAAUGUCAUUCCUUUCUUCAGGCGCAUGCAAAAGUCUUCGGACGACUGGGACAAUAUUAUGUGGCGACGAGGAAUGCAAAGACUGCGCCGAUACGAGGCCGGUGAGAACCUCGACGAUUUCUUCCACGCUCUGAUGGAAGACAAGAAUGGUAACGCGAACAAUCUUGAAUGGGGUGAAGUUGUCGCCGAGUGCAACAUCAUGAUGAACGCAGGGAGCGUGACCACAGCUGUCGCUAUCACAAAUGUUAUGUACCAGCUCCUUCGGAACCCUCGAACAUUGGCCAAGUUGCGGGAAGAACUUGAUGCCGUUCUCGAGGAAGAUGAAGUGGUCGCGGAUUACGACAAGAUUAGGCACCUGCCAUACCUCCGUGCCUGUCUCGACGAGUCACUUCGCAUCUUCCCCCCUACAUCCCAUGGCUUGCCUCGUGAAACACCCUGUGAAGGAACCAACAUUCUCGGGGACUGGGUGGCCGGAAACACCUCGGUCAGUAUGUCUGCCUUGGUGGCACACCGGAAUGAAGGUGUCUUCCCCAACGCAGAUGAAUACAUUCCUGAGCGAUGGCUCGGAGAGGAAGGCAAAACUCUGCAACCUUACCUGAUUGCAUUCUCCGCCGGUGCUCGCUCGUGCAUCGGCCGAAAUAUCUCGUAUCUGGAGCAGACUAAGGCAGUUGCAUCUAUGGUUCACCGCUAUGACUUUGCGUUGGCACAUCCUGGAUGGGAGUUGAAGCGACUGGAGACUAUGAAUUUGAUUCUGGGUGAAAUGCCUGUCAAAAUCUGGCGACGAAACUUGGAACAUGCUGAGGCUUAG